AUGUAGCAACAUUAUUCUUAAUAAGUUAUACCUUAAACAUAUCAAUAACCUUAGAGAAACGCUUCCAAUUCACCUCUUUAAAGGGUUGCUUCUCCACAACAUUUUACACCCACACAUAAUUAACCCAAAUAAAAAUAUGAAGGUGAGACUAAUAAUCAUUACUCAAGAGAUUUGAGAAUUAAUAAUAGAUAAGCUAGCAAUCUUCCUAAUGGGCAAUCUUAUGAAAAUAUGGUCUUAAGAAUUUAAACUUUAGAGAAAGAGAACUAGAAUCUCAAAAAAUAGCUUGAAAAUGCUAAUAAUCAAAUUCAAAUAUUAAACUAAAAAGUAAAUCAGCAUCCAACUCAAAGUCUUCUUAAAACUACUACAUUUGAACUUGUUGUUCUUUAAAAAGCUGUAGAAUAAUUAGAAGGGUUGAAGAAUGGGUUAGCUAAAAAAAAGUUGUUAGGAAGUAAUAAUCAAACAAGACUUCCUGAAUCUUAAAAAGAUGUUGGCAGUGAAUUUAAGAGUAAAGUAACAUUAGCAGAAGAAAAAAAUAGUUAAUCAAUUUAAUAAUCACAAGUAAUUGUAUUAAAAUAUUCAUAAAAGGCAAAUCUAUUAUUUCCAAAAGAACAAUAAGUCUAAAAUUAUUAAUCUAAUCCCCCUAAUAAAGAGGAAACAUAAGAAGAAACAAGAUAGGGAAGAAGAAUAUUAGGAAAUACAUAAUCUGAUUAAGUUGAUGAUAGGACAAAAAGUAGUCCAAUUAAAUAUCUAAAUGUUAAAGCUAAUGCUAAUUAGAUUUCAUUAAGAAUAUCUCCUAAAGGAAGAUCACAAGUAUCAUAAAAUUGA